AUGACAACUGUUUUUCUAACUCCACAAAACAAGAUUCCAUUUCAGGGUGCGGUACUCUUUGCCUCCGGCUCGCCCUUUGAUGAUGUCGAAUAUAAUGGCAAACUAUUCAAACCAGGUCAGGGCAACAACUCCUACAUCUUUCCUGGAGUUGCUCUGGGAGCUAUUCUCUUCAAAGCAAAGCACAUCCCCGAUAAAGCGUUCCUGCUAGCUGCUAGGCGCUGUGCUGAGUCGGUUACAGUGAAAUCUCUGGAAAAGUACUCGAGGCUCUAUCCACGGCUAAAGGAUAUCCGUGAGCUCUCAGUUCACAUUGCUGUCGACGUAGGGAACUUCUUCUAUCAAAACAACCUUGCUACUCUUCAUCCAGAACCGGAAGACAAGGAGAUGUUCAUUCGUUCUCAAAUUUAUUCUGUGGAGUACGAUGAACUCAUCAACAAAACGUAUGACUGGCCAGCAAAGGAUUCAAAACACGGUUUCCCGGUACCGGUUCUUCCGCGAUCGUCAAUGGACGAUGAAUAG